GGAUAAUAAAAUAAAUGAACUUAGGUGACAACUUAAUGAAGCAAGGAACUUUCAAGCAAACUCUUAUGAAAGGGCAGCCCACUCUUAGAAGCAGGGUGGCUAAAUUUCGCAGAUUUACUAUCAAACCCGGACUUGAAAGAUCAAAUAGCCAGCGUAAAUCUGACUCUCCAAUCUUAGCAAGGGACAAUAUUUUCGAUUUCCUGCAGAAUAGAAAAUCAAUCAAUGGGAAAGAAAAGAACAGUUUUAGAGCAAAGAAAGAUGGUGAUACUAUUAGUGAGAAGACAGAUACUUCAGAGACAUUAAAUAGUAAUCUCACUGACUGAAGCAACAAGUUGGAGUAUAAUAAUGAAGGAUAUUUCUUGUCCUCUAAAGCUGAUCUCAGGAUGUACUAUCACCAGAUGAACAAAAGUCUUGCCCAGUUGGAAAUUGAUAAAAGGAGGAGGAAAUAAGAUUCAGGAAGAGAAACAAUCCCAGAAAAUCCAAGAAGAGGCAUUUAUGAAAAUCUUGACCCAAUUUGAUAACAAAAAGAAAUCGACAGUGAGGUUUUCUUCACAAAAAUGAUUCUUCGUCACUAGAGUUCACAAUUCUUCAUUAAAGACUAAUGGAUACAAUAUUGAUCCUUUACCAGAAAGAAAAGAUUCCAGUAAAAAAGAAAUGGAUCAACCCGGACAUGAGUCUAAUCCUCAAGUAUUGUUCAGUAAGAAUAGACUUGCAAGCUUUAAGAAGAAUGAUGAAGCCUAUCAAAAUGAGGAGAGCUCCUAUCAAAAUGAGGAAAGCUCCUCCCAUAAUGACAAAAGGAUCUCGAUAGUGAAGAAAGUUGCUAGGAACAUCUCACGGAAAGAUUGCAAGACAUCAGGCUCGUUAUUUCACUCAUUCACAGUAAAAAGGAAACACAGCCGACGUAAAUUUCAUUGAAGACAAACUACAAAACUUUUGAAGGAGAAAGUAAAAUUCCAAAUGAAAGAAAAUGCAAAGAUGAAUAACUUUCCUGACCAAAGUCCGGGACUUCAGUCUCUACAACCUCGAGGAUCUUUGACUUUCCAGAGGUAUCAGAAGGUGACUCAGCUUCGCAAACAGAGGACCCACACUGCUCGAUCCUAAUGAAUUUUCAACAUGAUUUGCCUUUUAA